GGGGAGAUAGUCUACUAGCCACUUGUGUACUGGGUCUUCUCUGCUGAAUUAAGUCGUUUGGUGUUUAUCAAAUCAAUUAUUGAAAGUGGCGACCCUGUAGUGAAGUGGUUAAACUGUUGUGCUGAUCGAUCGAGUAGUGUUGGGUUAGGUGUGCUGAGUGCUAUAAUGGAACACGAUUACCGAAGACAAAGAGGAUGAAGAAACUGGUGAGGAUGAAGAAACUGGAGAGGAUGAAGAAACUGGUGAGGAUGAAGAAACUGGAGAGGAUGAAGAAACUGAAGAGGAUGAGGUUGAUGGGAAAGACGUGUAGUGAAAGCGGGAGUAUGGAAAGAUCCCUGACACCUAAGAAAAAGCCGCGUGUGUGGAAGAAGACAACAGAUGACACGACAAGUGGGAGUGUGUCAGCCGCCCACCAGGACCCUACAGUUCACGAGGUUCCUCAAGAGCCCGAAGACAAGGUACUCAAGAGGGAAGCCACAGAUGAAUCACAGAUACUUCUCGUCUGGAGGCCGGGGUCACCUACCAGUCUUUGUGUGUGUGAAGAUGAUUAUCAACCCUUCCGCGAAAUCGUUUGUAUCGUUCAUCUUGAAGAACAUGCGGACGUUGAGGAAGUCCAGUCACUGGCGCUUGUCACCUCGAAGUCGCAGAUGUUAGAUCACGAAAUAGCUGACAACGACUAUCAGCCUCCUCAGGAGAUCGUGGGAACCGUAGAACCUAAGAAACAUAUGGAAGCCGAAGAAGUUUGGUCACUGGUGUUUGUUUCCUUGAAUUGGAAUCAGCAUCACACGGUCCUGAGCUCAAUGAUGACAGGUCAAGACACUAGGGGACUCUUGUUCACCUGCCGUCAACUCCACCAAGGAGGUCCUGGCAGUGUAACUUUCAAGUUAAACUUCAGGUCAGUGAUGAGGUACCUCAGGAACUUCUACGAGACCGAGAUCUACCUGAUGGAGGUCAUAGAAGAGCAUGAGUAUCAGGUCACAACAAGGUUCCUCGUAACAUCCCGGAUGGAUCCCACUAUGCCCUUUCUGCCGGAAUAUGACCCUAAGGUGCGAGGGGGACCCUGGUAUAGGAAUCCUGACGGGGAAGAUUUGUGCCUGAAGAAGAUCAAGACUUACGAUCACAAGCAUCCUGACGAAGGUCUCCCACAUAACCUAGAGUUCUUUUUUAAACUUACUGACGAUCAGUACCAUCAACUACACCAAAUGUCUUCCUUGGAGUAGCAUGAAAAUGGUUAACAGUUAAGAGCAACACGAGCGGACGGAAACAGUCGUGUGUUUAAGGUCAGCGAACUUUCCGCAAAAAAAAAAUAAUCAGACAAAGACAUUAACAACAGCUUAGCAUUGAUGCAAAAUCAGUCGACACAAAAAUGUACAAUCCGAGAGUUAUUUUCUUCAACCUUCUCUCCUUCUGUGUGUUUCCCGGUGAUGUGAUAAUGUCAAGAAAAAAUUACAACGAAUAAAUGUCACGACCUUUACUAAAUAUCCUCCACGGAGAAAGAAGAACUGAUAAACUCUCGGGAAAUGUUAGAGAUCUUUUUUUUAUCGUUCUCACCAGACAAUCUCUACAUGUCAUACAAUUGUUCAAGAUGUAGAUAAUUUUUUGUUCUCCUAAAACCGACCCUUUGUACACGUGAAAAAAAACACACAAAAACAUUAGAAAUAGUUACUAAAAACAUGCAUUUGCUUAUUAAAAGUAUGACAUACAGGUAAAAAUAUUUGUCUCACAAAAUUUACUGGAAUAUAAAAAAUAUAUAUAUCAAAGGCGGUGGUUCUGUAGUACAUCAAACAACAAAUCUCAAGGAUCGUCAGACUCCAGGAACGCACCAGUAACAUCUGGAAAUCUUUCCCAUGUUGGACGGGCUGUCUUUUUCUCAUGCCCACAAAAGGAUGAGGUUGUGAGGCAGCCAGUAAAGGCUUGGAAUAUUGGAGGAGUCCCUGACCUUGCUGGUCCCAGUGUUACGACGGUCAUGAAUAAACACAACUCUACUUGUUUCAUGUCUCAUGAGAAGCAGCCAUUUGUAGCACCAUCACAACUAUAUCAGUAGCAGACCUAUGGCUCACGACGGACGGCGUCUAUUACCGUAACUGAGGUGACCAGCAGGUGGUGGGUGAGGCCAGUAUACCACGAGACGUUGGCCAGUGCUCACACGCUCCAGUUGCCGCUACUGUACUUCAACCCGCGUUAUUGUUCCUGUUGCUUCAUCACAAAAACAAAGAACCCUGAGUGAUGGCAACCGUGGGUUGGGUGAUGACCGUGGGCGGGUGGGCAGUGACGUGGGCAUCUGUCAUCAUCGUGUUGGCCGCCCACAACACCAAGGUGACUAUCGGGCGAAUUAGUGAGUGUCUUCCUGAGUUAACGCCGGAAAUUUUGCCGCAACAACACUACAGGACCGAGUCAGGGAUUAUGUGUGCUGCCCUCGCCAUGGAGAAGAGAGCCAUCCAGUACACCUUCACAAGCAACAUCAAGAACUGCACGUUGGAGGGGGAAGGUCUGGGUGUCGACACUAACGCCCUCAAGAUGGUCGCUACCCCGCCAACAAACACGCUGGAGGAGGUCGCUCAGGGGAAACUCACCUUAGCCAGUACUCCCUUUAUAUCCAACAACAUUAUCCUUAACUCUGACUUGGCAGUGGACGGUGAUGAUAUCUCGGCUUCACUCAACUUCUACCACUCAGCCUACAGGCUGGUGUACCCCUGGUGGGCGGUGGACCUCAGCUACACGCGAACCAUCUACAGAGUCAGGAUCACCAUGAGACAAGAUAGUUGCUGCUUAUUAAGGUCCCACGACAUCGAAGUUCGUGUGGGUGAUGUACGGGAGGAGUCUGGAAACUUGUCGUCUUACACGUUGUUCUCCACCUACAAGGGUCCGUAUGACAUCUCUCAGGGACACAUCGCCUGUGACAGGAAGGACGGCGUCUCUGGCAGAUACAUCAGUAUCCAGCGAGUGACUCCUGAAGAUCAUAUGCUCCAGCUUGUUGAGGUUAAAGUGUUUGCUUCAUUACUACCAAAUUAAAAACUAUAUUACAGC